AUGGGGAGACUGAAUGUUGACAUUGAUGAUGUUGUCUUAGAAAAAGCUCCGAAAAAUGCAAAGUAUACCUCGCCGACUAUUCAAAAAGAGAUUUUGCAUAUUCUUGUGAACAAAGUGAGGAAAAAAAUUUGUGAAGAAGUUAGAGAUGCAAAGUUUUGUAUUUUGGUUGACGAAGCCAAAGAUGCAUCAAAUAAAGAACAAAUGGCUAUUGUUUUGAGAUUUGUUGACAUUCAGGGUUUCGUAGGAGAGCGUUUUUUUAGUAUUGUGCAUGUUUCAGAUACUACUUCUUCAACACUUAAAAAAGAAAUUUGUGAUGUGCUCGCUCGAUAUAACUUGCAUAUUUUUAAUAUGCGAGGUCAAGGGUAUGAUGGUGCUAGCAAUAUGCAUGGCGCAUGGAAUGGACUACAAGCUCUAUUUCUCAAAGAUUGUCCUUAUGCAUAUUAUGUACAUUGUUUUGCUCACCGAUUACAACUGGCAUUAGUUGCAGCAGCUGGAAAUGAGAUUUCUAUUUGGUUAUUUUUCUCAAAAUUGACAACCAUUAUCAACCUUAUUUGUGCUUCUCCCAAACGUCAUACCGAGUUACAUUAUGCUCAGGCUAUAGAAAUUGCACAUAUGGUAGCUACUGGAGAACGUGAGACUGGUAGAGGGGCUAAUCAAAUUGGUAAUUUACAUCGAAGUGGAACUACUCGCUGGAGCUCUCAUUUUGAUUCUAUUUGCAGCUUAAUAGAUAUGUAUGGUGCAACUAUUACUGUGCUUGAAAGUAUGGUUCAAAAAGGAUCUUCUAAUUCUAUACGUGGAGAAGCUGGUGGUUGUUUGAUUGUGAUGAAAUCUUUUGAAUUUAUAUUCAUCUUAUAUUUGAUGCAUAAAAUAAUGGGGAUUACUGAUUUACUUUGUCGAGCUUUGCAGCAAAAAUCUCUUGAUAGCUUAAAUACAAUGGAUCUUGUAUCAACUACUAAAAAAUUGCUUCAAACUUUGAGAGAUGUCGGAUUUGAUCUUCUCCUUGCAAAUGUGCAAUUUGUUUGCACAAAAUAUGAGAUUGACAUACCACAUAUGAAUGCUUCGUACAAAAAGGCUACAGGUCGUUCAUGUCAACAACAAGGUUCAGUGACAGUUUACCAGCAUUAUCAUUAUGAUGUAUUUAACUCAACAAUAGAUUUUCAGUUGGAAGAAUUAAAUUCUAGAUUCAGUGAUGAGACAGUGGAACUCCUUGUACUUAGCUCUGCUUUAGAACCUAAAGACAACUUUAAAUCGUUUAAAGUUGAUGUUAUUUACAAGCUUGCUGAGAAAUUUUAUCCUGAAGAUUUCAAUGAACAAGAGAUGUAUUAUUUGAGAUCUCAGCUAGAGCAUUAUCAGAUUGAUGUGAUUCAUCAUGAGAGUUUUCAGAAUAUGUCUACAAUUUCUGAAUUAUGUCGAGGAUUAGCUGAAACAAAUAAGUCGCAGCACUAUCAUUUGAUUGACAAGUUGAUUCGUCUUGUUUUGACUUUGCCUGUUUCCACUGCCACUACAGAGCGGGCAUUUUCAGCUAUGAAACAUGUUAAAACCGUGCUUCGCAAUAAAAUGAAAGAGGAGUUCUUAGCAGAUUCUAUGAUGAUUUACAUUGAACGAGAGCUUGUUGAAGAUAUUGAUUCGGAUUCGAUCAUAGAUGAAUUCUAUUCUAUAAAACAUCGAAGAGUGCAGCUUUGA